CAUGAUUGAGAGCAUUUUUCAAAUAGCAAUCACGCACUCUGCCCCUCCCUGCUCCCCUUCUUUCCCCGAACUAACGAGUGUUGGCAUUUGAUCAGCUUGCUAUGAUAUUCUUACAGAUACAGCACCAGCAGAAAAUAAGGAACAGUUGUCUUUCACUUUUCCGAAGUUUUUGUGGUUUCUUUUUUACCUUUUUCACCUGCAGAAUCAACACUCUCAACUAAGGACGAAAAUUAAUAGGUUUUUUUCACGACUCGAGUACUUACAUUCAUUUGGUCUCUUGUCUUUUUUCUAAAUUGUUUUCUUGUUUAUUUCCUUCGCCUAGAACACCUUGAGCACCUACGUAGCACGAAGCAUUCAAUUUUAGAAGCUCCAUUUGAUUUCGAACCACGGAUACCACAUUCACAGAAAAGGACUCUAAACCAACUGCAAUUACUUCCGAGGACCAGAGAAUAACAAUAAGUACUACCUCCCAAGAAGUAGAAGAAAGAAACACCACACAAUUAAAUCUUUCGAAAAAUAUUGUAGUGAUCUCUACGAAAUCACAUACAUCAGUACUUUUAGCAGUACUACUCUGAUCCAAAGUACAUCCAAAUUUUCCAGUGAUCAACAUCACACACUACUUACACGGUACUACUACUAAAAGCAUUUUUACUAAAAUCAGUACUAAAAUCCAAACUACUAACUACAUUGUGGAGUGAUUUUUUUCGCCAUAUUCUGGUAGUGAUCAUCUUCUUCAAACUGUUCUACUUAUAGUGAACAUGGCCUCCAAACCAAUGGAUUCCUUCGCUGCUUGUUUGGAUGGCGUCAAAUCCGCAGUUGAUGCGGUGUGCGGACCCAAGAAGAGACCGAUUAUCAUUAUCUUCGGCCCUCCAGGUGCGGGCAAAGGGUACUAUUGUGUUAAAGACUGUGUUUGAAGACUGUUGUCCAUUGUCUCUCUUUUGUGUAAGAUGAACAAUCAGUAAACACACCAUGACUUCAGGAACUAUCGGGUUAGCAGUACCGUAUUAAAUUCCUAUUUCUAUGUUGGAGACUGUUGUCCAUUGUCUCUCUUUUUGAAGAUUGAUGUGUAAGAUGAACAACCAGUAAACUACAUAGAUGGAUGUUGAUCUACUUCAACAAGGCAACAUAACUUUUAUGAACAAGAACUUGAUGAACUUGAAACACAUCAUGAAGACAGCCUACUAGUAGUUACCACAACUUACUACAACUCGAUUGUGCAGCGUCAGAAUGUCCUUGUGGAUGUUAUUUCAAUACAAUCAACCCCAGCCGCUCAUCCCUAUCUUCACUAACCACCAGAUCCGUCUCUCCUCAUAUCGAGGAAAGUGUAAUCUAAUCAACAAACCACCAGAUCCGUCUCUCCUCAUAUCGAGAAGAAAUUGAAUGUUGUGCAGCUAUCCACUGGGGACAUGCUGAGAGCGGCCGUCGCGAAGGGAACGGAGACUGGGAAGAAAGCUAAGGCCAUCAUGGACUCUGGAGGCUUGUUAAGAGGACUGAAAAGAAUUCAUUUCUAAGAGUCAUUUUUCUUUGUGUCCUUCUUAGAAGGAAGCUGAGAAUAAAAUGUACGCGGCAAGAAAUGAAUUGUAGUGAAUUCUAAGCUUGGUCAGUGAUGACAUCGUUGUUGGCAUCAUCAGAGAAAGGAUACAGGAGGAUGACUGCAAAUAUGGGUACUAUUGAUUCGAUGUUUCGGAUACACGCCUCAGCAACGUAAGUAACUCGAUGAUGGUAGAGCAACAACGUGACCCCAAAAUCUCUGUGCAUGCUUCGUCACACUAGAACGUCAUUAUUUUGAUAAUCCCAAUGGAGCAUCGACUAUAACGAGGACAUGACGCUGAUGGCUCGCACAAAGAGAGUAGAGAUCAUGCGCUCGCAUGAGGCACGUUGUAAAGGGAAGUAGUCAGUAGGAGCUUCUCUAAACCCCUGGAGUGGGUACACUCAUUCAUUCAGACUCUCAGUCUCACGCAUCAACUUUCAACUUCUCCUUGCCAGUACUGUCGCAGAACUACUCUCGCACAACAACUACUUCCUCGCAAGUGAUCCUAACCACAAUCACAAAAGGUUCCUCCUCGACGGUUUCCCUCGCACAGUCGCUCAGGCGAAGCAGUUGGAUAGUAUGUUAGCAGCCAAGGGUGAAGGAGUGACGAAGAUUAUCCAACUGGAUGUGAAAGACAGCGUGUUGGAGGAACGCAUUUGCGGUCGCUGGAUCCAUAAAGCGAGUGGCCGCAGCUAUCAUGUUGUUUACUUAUGGCUUCGCCUACCAGUCGUAUUAUCAGCUACUUAUCAUAUCCUACAUAGUUGUAGACUAUACAUCAUCAGCUAUCAUGUUAGUAUGCCAUGAUAGUGAUAGUGUGGUUGGAGUUAUUUUCCGUCCUGUUGAACAAUCACAGUGAAUAAUCAAAAUCCAUAUAAUUGUUAUCGAUCCUAUUGAUCUUCUCGAUCAUCGCUAAACACGAACUACUCACUCUAAUGUCUGCGCCGCCAAAGUGCUUCAUCGGCAAAAAACCCCAUGAGGCAUCGCCCACAACCAUGCGCGACGAUGAGACCGGUACUUUACCUGAUUACAUCUCUUUAUAACUCCAAAUGUUUAGCCAGCUUGUUUAGUCCUCGUACCUGCGUCUGUUGAUUUAAGUAAUAACUUGAUGUUGCAUGUUUUAGCUUUCCGAAAAGAUCACUCACACACUGUCCCUGAGAGCAACUAGUUGUCGUUCAUAAGUAUGAUUGUAUCAAUCUUCUUCUUCUUCUACUUCUUCGUGCCACAGUACAUCAACCCCUCCUCCAGGUGAGCCGCUCUACCAGCGACCUGAUGACACCAAGGCUGCGUUGCCGAAAAGAUUGGAGGCCUAUCACAAGGAAACGGCACCCAUCCUCGAUCACUACAAAGCCAAGAGUAUCACGUUCAAGGUAUUGCUUGACGAUUGACGUAAUUAUAUCUUUCAAUUUAAUUACUCGAAAACUGAAAAUAACCGAGUAAGUGACUGAAAUCAGGGAGGUAGGUAGGUUUGACAGGGCUACUCUUCCUUGUUCAGGCUACUUAACUGUGCUUAUAUUUCAAGUAGUUACUACUCGUUUAUUUCAGUUAUAAACACAAGUCAAUCCAUCAGGUCGAUGCUGGACAGGACAUGCGCAUUGUGCAGGAAAAGACGCUUGCCCUGCUAUAACAAGGAGCAUAAAGACCACCUUCAAGGAGCGACAACUCUUCAUAGUGACCUUUUGGUUUUGACAAACAUACUUGAUGUAUAUUCACAUUUAGAUGAUUUUCAAGCAAUCUUUUACUUCUAGAAUCAAUGCCACAGAAAUAUUCAAGACGACGAACUUCGAACGCUAAAACGGGAAAUAAUGUCAGAUGAAAACUAGGGAUAUAAGGACUUCAACACGACACCAACAGCUUUCCAUAUUGACAAAAAAAAAUCCUAAAAAAAUUUUUUUUCUUUACACCGUGACCGUCUUUGAUCUUGUAAAUUUUGAACAGAAUUAGAAACCUGCACAGGUUUGGUCGACACAGACACCCAAAUCAAUGUACAAGAACAACUUAUGACUGUGGUAAGGACACAGACGCAAUUGCGCCGAAAGCUAGAAGAAAGAAUCUUAGAGCUUAGAAGAAUUGCACCCUAAAUCUCGUCUACCUGAACCUGAAAAUGAUGGACCUGAAGAUGAUAUGAUCAUAUGCAGCCAUAUGGUAGUAUGAAGAUGAACGACAACGACACCACAGAAGUUCUAAGAUUUGCUAAUGAUUAGAUUUUCCCAUAGCUUCCAUCUACUUCUUCUACAACGGGCCGGCGCGUCGGUGUGUGAGAUACACGACAGCCUUCAAAAUGAUUACCUCACAGCCGCUUCAAUGUAAAACUAAAUGAGUCGUAAACGUGUCAGGUUAAAAGAAAAUGUACAUAUUCUUGUACUAGCAGUCUUCAAGUAGAACUACUUUGAUUAUCCGAAGGCUACUAAACUUAAUCACAAAAAGCUUCUCACUAUAUUCCAAUAUUUGGCUGUGGUUUAUUCGAACCAUGUUUAUAGAUGCUUACGCGAUAGUACAAGAACUACAAGUACAAUGUCAAGUAAAGACAAGAUCAUCAAAAUGAACAAGAACAUUUUCCAAUUAAAACACGUCAAUUUAGCAAGCUACAUGAGCAGGAGAUAGAACCAGAACCAUAUCGACUAGCAAAUACAUGCAGUUGUGACAAAUUGGUCUUACAGAAAACACCCUUGUUGUACUAGAAUCAAACUGCUGCACUGGCAACUUUAUUGUUGGAUCGAGAACGAGGUUGCAUGUCACGAUACAAACCUACCCAUGUGGAGUUUAUGUAUAAAUAUGUAGCAUACGAUACAAGGAACCGUUGAUGCCGCCUCCUCCUUAAAGACUGAGCCAAUCGUUGAGCACAUCGCUGCGCCGGCCACGACUGUGCUUCAUUCUCGUCAGAUACUUACCAAUGGCAAAUAUACCAGAUAAGAUGAAACAUACUUCUUCUGAAACUUUGAGAAGAUGGUCAAUGAAUUUACGACCAAGUACUACAUCGAAAGUAGUAGACGUUGAUGUAGUAGAGAAACGUACGUGCCGUAAACGUAAUCGAAGAAGCAGAAACGUUGUAUGAAGAAAAGAGGAUCUUUUGCAAGGCGACAAAU